AUUUUUUUUGUCUUCACGUCCGCCGGUCAUUUCACGUCCUCCUAUUUUACUCCCCUCCGUUUCUCUCUCACCAAAUACCUCUCUUUUAAAUGAACUUUUUUAAAUAUAUAAAUUAAAAAAAAAUUAAAUAAACACAGCCCUGGAUGACUGCACGACCGCCACGACCAGGGCCGUGUUCCUCCUCUGCUAAACCUCUCCUCCGCCACCACCCUCCAAUUCUCCUUCUUUUGCAAUGGACAGUAUUUUUCAAACCCUAACUUAUUACCUAUCGGAGCACCCAUCCAUUGUCACUUUCAGGUGGAGUCACAUCCAAUCAUGGGGCUCCACGUGGUCAUUCCUCUUUUCCUCCAUCGCUUUCUACCUCUUUCUCUGCGCUAUCAUUCAUAUUUUCUUAGCAAUUCUUCUCCGUCGUGACCGCGCCGUUCCUCUAGGUCCAAUUCCGGCUCUCCAUAGUCUCUCCAUGGUGCUAAUCUACGCCACAAUAUUCGCCGGUAUUCUUCUCUCGACAGCGGCGGAGAUCCGAGAAACUCGUUGGUUUUGGCGACGCUCGAAGACUCCAUUUCAAUGGUUGCUCUGUUUCCCUCUAGGAACACGGCCGUCGGGUCGGGUUUUCUUCUGGUCUUAUAUGUACUACCUCUCGCGAUUCGUUCACAUGCUCCGCACUUUCUUCACGAUUUUACGAAUGCGAAGAUUAGCCUUUUUUCAGCUGUUCAAUAACUCCAUAUUAACAUUUAUGUCCUUUUUAUGGCUUGAAUUUUCGCAAUCUUUUCAAGUAUUGGCGAUUCUGCUAGCGACGCUUGCUUACUGUAUUGUGUACGGUUACAGAUUUUGGACGGCGAUAGGAUUGCCGAGAGCUUGCUUUCCGUUUGUGGUGAAUUGCCAAAUGGUAUUGUUAGGGUGCAAUCUUGCUUGUCAUGUUGGGGUUUUAUUGCUUCAUUUGAUGAAAGGAGGGUGUAAUGGAAUUGGAGCUUGGGGUUUCAAUUCAGUGCUUAAUGGAGCUAUUUUGUUUGGGUUCUUGAAUUUUUAUGUGAAAAUGAAUUUGGGAAACAAGAAUAAGCAGCAGCAGCAAGCAAAGGCGGCCAUUACAGAGAAAGAGACGGAGAAAUUUCAAAGAGAUGGAUGAUUUUUGGUUUUAUGUUUAUUUUAGUUUUUAUUUUGGGUGUAGUGGUUUUGUGGUUAAUGUAAAUUUGAUGCCAGCCUAAUAAUAGGAGGGCAGCAGGCAGGGGAAACACCCUUCUUUCCCAAAUAGGGAAAGCAAACGUGUAUAAUUAUAUGACUAAAGCACGGGUUAUUAAAAUCAGUACAUAAUCAUUUCUACUUGCUAAGCA